AUGGCGCCAGCAAAUAUCAAGGUCCCCCCGAGGGGUCCGACACAGGCGUCACUGCAGACCCCAAGGACUGCGCAGUGGGCCACGACGACUCUGAGAGUCGGCGGCAUGACAUGUGGUGCUUGCACCUCGGCCGUUGAAGCGGGCUUCAAGGGUGUCGAUGGCGUCGGUAGCGUGUCCGUGAGUCUGGUCAUGGAACGGGCCGUGAUUAUGCACGACCCGCAGAGGAUAUCGGCCGAGCAAAUUCAAGAGAUUGUUGAGGACAGAGGAUUCGAGGCCGACGUUCUCGCCACGGACCUGCCGUCCCCCGUGGUUCGCGCAAAGGAGAGCCUAUUCGAUGCCGACGAAGAGUCCGAGCCUCCGACGACGGUGACGACCGUUGCCAUCGAAGGCAUGACCUGUGGCGCUUGUACGUCCGCGGUAGAAGGGGGGUUCGCCGAUGUUCCAGGCGUCAAGCACUUCAGUAUAUCGCUUCUCUCGGAGAGGGCCGUUGUCGAGCACGAUGCCUCGUUACUACCGACAGACAAGAUUCUAGAAACGAUAGAAGAUCGAGGAUUUGGUGCCACACUGGUCGACAGCGAAAUACAGGAGCCGGUCAAGAGGAUCCCUUCAGAAGGCAGUACAAGCCAGCCUUCUGUUGCCACUACAACUGUCGCCAUCGAGGGCAUGACCUGCGGCGCAUGCACAUCCGCGGUCGAGGGUGGUUUCAGCGGGCUGGAAGGGGUGUUGAGGUUCAACAUCAGCUUGCUGGCUGAGAGAGCCGUUAUCACCCACGACACCAGGAAGUUGCCAGCCGAGAAGAUCUCCGAAAUCAUCGAUGACCGGGGCUUUGAUGCCAAGAUUCUUUCGACCGUCUUUGAGUCCGCUGACGGCGGCGCAAACACGAGCACCGCCCACUUCAAGAUCUACGGCAACCCAGAUCGUGAGGCAGCUGACGCCAUCGAAAAAGCCCUGUUGGCUCUUCCUGGCAUCAAAUCGGCGAAGCUGAGUCUUGCCAGUUCUCGGCUCACUAUAUCCCACCAACCUGCGGUUGCCGGUCUCCGAGUCGUGGUGGACACGAUCGAGGCGGCUGGCUAUAAUGCGCUUGUCGCCGACAACGACGACAACAGUGCCCAGAUAGAAUCCCUCGCCAAGACGAGAGAGAUUCAGGAAUGGCGGAGAGCCUUCAAGGUCUCCCUGUCGUUUGCGAUCCCCGUCUUGUUCAUUGGCAUGAUCUUCCCCAUGGCCAUACCCGCUCUUGAUUUCGGAGGCUUGCAGAUCCUCCCAGGGCUCUUCCUGGGCGACAUCAUCUGUUUGUGUCUUACGAUACCCAUCCAGUUUGGCAUUGGCAAGCGGUUCUAUACUUCUGCAUACAAGUCCGUGAAGCACGGGUCUCCUACCAUGGAUGUCUUGGUCGUUCUAGGUACCUCGUCUGCCUUUUUCUUUAGCGUCGCGGCCAUGAUCAUCUCAUUCCUGUUCCCCCCGCACUCUCGGCCCAGCACUAUAUUCGACACAAGCACCAUGUUGAUCACAUUUAUCACCCUUGGGCGCUUCCUCGAGAACCGCGCUAAGGGACAAACUUCAAAGGCACUUUCCCGCCUCAUGUCCUUGGCACCAUCCAUGGCUACCAUCUACGCGGACCCAAUCGCGGCCGAGAAGGUUGCCGAAGGCUGGGAUUCAGUCAGGGGCUCAGGCGAACCCAAGACACCUGUCCGUGACGGCAAUGCCGUCGAAGAAAAAGUUAUCCCCACUGAGCUCAUUCAGGUCGGUGAUAUUGUUGUUAUCCGACCUGGCGACAAGAUCCCUGCCGAUGGUCUCAUCGUCAGAGGCGAGACUUACGUCGAUGAAAGUAUGGUCACUGGAGAGGCUAUUCCUGUCCAAAAGAAAAAGGGUAGCAACGUCAUCGGUGGCACAGUCAACGGUCAUGGUCGAGUUGACUUCCGCGUGACUCGGGCUGGUCGCGAUACUCAACUGAGCCAGAUUGUGAAGCUCGUGCAGGAUGCCCAAACCACUAGGGCCCCGAUCCAGAGACUAGCGGACACCAUCGCAGGGUACUUCGUUCCGAUCAUCCUCAUGCUGGGAUUCCUAACCUUCAUCGUCUGGAUGGUUCUGAGUCACGUCCUCAAGGAUCCUCCCAAGAUCUUCACGACCGAGGGGAGCGGCGGCAAACUUUUCGUAUGUUUCAAGCUAUGCAUCUCGGUUAUUGUCUUCGCAUGUCCAUGCGCACUAGGUUUGGCCACCCCCACCGCUGUCAUGGUCGGCACCGGCGUGGGUGCUGAGAACGGCAUCUUGGUCAAGGGCGGCGCAGCCUUGGAGACCACUACCAAGGUCACUCAAGUUGUCCUUGACAAGACAGGCACAAUCACCUACGGAAAGAUGAGCGUCGCGACUGCCAAGCUCACUUCGGUUUGGCAGGACAAUGAGUGGCGUAGGCGCCUUUGGUGGACUAUCGUCGGUCUCGCCGAGAUGGGCAGCGAGCAUCCUGUAGGUAAGGCUGUCCUGGGAGCCGCGCGGGCGGAACUAGGCCUCGAUGCCGAAGGCGCCAUCGAUGGGAGUAUCGGCGAGUUUGCUGCAGCUGUUGGCCAAGGCAUAAGUGCCACUGUCCAGCCUGCUUCCAGCGCAGACCGUACGCGCUACAACGUCCUUGUUGGCAACGUUCGAUUCCUCCGCGAGAACAGUGUUGAGGUGUCAGAUGACGACAUUGAGGCAUCAGAGCAAAUCAACUCGAAAGCGAACAAGUCAAAGUCCACAUCUGCCGGUACCACAAAUAUCUUCAUUGCCAUCGAUGGGAGAUACGCCGGCCACCUAUGCCUUUCCGAUACUGUCAAGGAAGGCGCAACCGCUGCGAUCAGCGUACUACACCGUAUGGGCAUCAAGACUGCUAUUGUGACAGGCGAUCAACGUUCUACGGCUCUGGCCGUCGCUUCGAUCGUCGGCAUUCCCGAGGAAGACGUCUUUGCUGGUGUCUCGCCCGAUCAAAAGCAGGCCAUUAUCCGUCGGCUGCAAGGAAAAGGCGAGUGUGUUGCAAUGGUGGGCGACGGAAUCAAUGAUUCCCCUGCCCUUGCUACCGCUGACGUCGGUAUCGCCAUGGCCAGCGGUACUGAUGUUGCCAUGGAAGCUGCAGAUGUUGUGCUGAUGCGCCCGAACAACCUAAUGGACAUCCCCGCAGCAUUGAACCUGGCGCGCACUAUUUUCAGGCGUAUCAAGUUCAACCUCGGGUGGGCAUGCGCCUACAACCUUGUGGGUCUUCCCUUCGCCAUGGGGAUUUUCCUCCCGCUCGGGCUACAUCUUCACCCCAUGGCUGCCGGUGCUGCCAUGGCCUGCAGCAGUGUCAGUGUCGUUGUCAGUUCGCUCUUGUUGAAAUUCUGGAAGCGGCCACAAUGGAUGGAUGAUGCUCUUCUCUCUGAGAAAGGUGGCAUCAAGAGACGCGGCCGUGGCUGGGGCCUGGACGGUGUCUUCACCAAGAUCCAAGAUUUCGUUGGCAAACGGACGAACAAGGACGAAGGAUAUGUGCCUCUGGACACAUUGGAGCGGGGUGACGCCUAG